AUGAUCGCAGGCACGGUGUGCUGGACCGCGCAGAUCCUACCCCAGGUGUGGAAGAGCUGGCGAGAAAAGUCGACGGAUGGGCUGUCGCAUUGGCUUGUGUCAGUGCACGCGCGUUGUCCUCUGUUUCUGAUACUGAGAGGAUACAGACUGCUCUGGGGCGCUGCUUCUCCGUUUCUCGGCGCAUACGGUCUCAUACAAAACCUUAACAUCCCGCUCAUUCUGCAGCCGCAACUCUUUGGAUUCCUUUCUUUCGUCUCGUGGGGACAGGUGCGUGUGCCUUUACUAUGGCGCGAAAAAGUCCGUCAGGACAUCCUGUGCAUUAGCUCUGCUAGCCAUGCUCUUGUGCGGAGGAUUCGAAGCUGCUGUCGUCUGCACAGUCCGGCCGAUAUACCAAGAGCACCUGCGAAACGGUGCUCACCCGGGGUGGAAGCGGGGGUCCGAUUCUUGGGCAUCUGCAGUUCUGUGAUCAUUGCCGGAGCAUUGAUACCACAGUAUGUUGUGAUCUAUCGGAUGCAGGAGGUCGUCGGGAUCUCGAUGGUGUUCAUGGCGGUGGACAUGCUUGGAGGCGUGUUCUCCGACCUUUCGCUUGUCUUCAAGGGCGGUUUCGAUGUCGUUGCUGGGAUCACGUAUUCGGUUGUCGUGGUGAUGGACGGACUGGUCAUCGUCGCAGCGCUGAUAUUGAACCCUCGGGCGGCAAAGCGCCGGUCGCGAGAAAAGGAGAUGCAGAGCUUGGCCUCGACACAAGCCUCAACUCUCGUUUCAAGGCAGCCAUCCCUAAGUCCGGUAUGA